UUAGACUCCUCCCCCAAACACUCGAGUCAGCAGCAUAAUAUGGUGGAUGGACUGUAAUUUAGUUGCGUCGAUGUGGACUGUGAACGUGUCCUUGGCAAAAGGAGCUGGCAAGUAACUGAGAAUCGGAUAAUAUUCAGUCGUCAGUACUUUGAAAUGUCUGAAAGCACAAUAUUCGAAUGAAGGUGCGACUCAAUAUCAAAAGUUCAUUGAUUUGUGAGAGUUUUACUGUGCGAAGCAACAGAAGCGGAACUCCUCAAUAGUGCGUUUUGGUUGCCGAGAAGCAACAAGCAGUCCUAGGUGUUCGCCGAGAAUUUUCUUUGCUAGGCUGAUGAGGCUUCAAUAGCCAAAACAGCUUUCCAGCACAAAACAUAUAGGGACAGAUUAGGGUGUUGAAUGAUUUGCUGAAAUUUGAUUCCUCGGCGUUGACGGCCGCCAAACAAAAAUGCCAAUAAGUCAUACAUUAAAUAAAGCUGUGGAUAAUGGUUUUCGGCAAGGCUCUCCCGAGGGACCAACAAAGCUGGGGUUUUUUGACAGGCGCAGUAACGCGGAAAACGUGUUCGUGCUUGUUGCCCACUACAGCUUCGAGGGUGGUGUCGGGACGUGGCCCCGACCAGGCAACGACGAGGAUGUCCAGAACCUGAAAAACACAUUUGAUUUAAACAGAAACUGCCGAUUCAGAGAUUUGCCGUCACCAAAAAAGGAGGACCUUUUGGCUCUGUUGGCCAACGAGCAAAAACUGAAGAGAUUCUUUGCUUCUGAAGAUGCCGAGCCUUCGGUGUUCAUUUUCAUCAUUUUGUCGCACGGAGGUUCCGAGGGAAAGAUUUACACGGACGAAAUCAUAUCAAAUGUUUACGACUCGUUCAACACCAAGCAAUUGUUUGCGAAACUGGAAAAAACAUUUGCAAAUAGCUUGAGGCUCUUAUUUCUAGGGCCGUGCAGAGGUGAACUUUCAUCGACAGAUAACCAAGACACGGCCACAAACUACUCAAGCAAAGUUUCUUUUGAGCAAAAAAUGCACAACACGAUUAUUUUCUACUCAACGGUUGAAACAACAACCGCAGGCAGAAAUAAUGAUAAAGGGACUUGGCUUGUUCAGUGUUUGUGCGAACAACUCAACCUGAUGAGAGAAAACGAGAGCAUCGCUCAUUUCUCCACCGGAAUGCAAAAUAGAAUUCACGAAUGGGCGAUAAAAGCACAGCCAAUUUUUCUCACUGGAAAGCCAACGGAACAAACAAUGGAAAUUAAAAUGUUUCCGCAUGACAGAAAGUUCUUCUUUUCUGCAUUAGAGAAUUGUCGCAAAGUAGUCCAUAUAUCAGGCCAAAGACAAUCGAGGAUUGAAUUCAAUUGGAUGAAUCCACAAACUAAGUCCGUUCUCAGAGGAAAACUCGCAGCGAUAUUCCACCAAGGAUGGGAUAGACCUGAUAUCCGUAAACUUCAGUUUGCACUACAAGAAAACCUGGGAUUUGAAACAAAAUGCGUUAACAUUGAUACACAAUCGAUGAUUCAGUACUUCCUUGAUUUAAAGAAACUCUCUUCGAUGGAUUAUGCUUGCUUUGCAGCAUUUUUUUAUGCAGAAAUCUGCGAAGAAAAUGAACAAAUUUCCAUUUACCUCGGAGUAAAUGAGAGAAAACCAAUAGGCGAAUUGAUUUAUCAAAUGCUCAACCCAGAAUGGAGGGAGAAGCCAAAACUCAUCUUCCUUAUUAACCAAAAAUACGUAGUAGGAGUGAAUAGGCAAAGAAAAGACAUUUCUCUUUUGAACGCACCCCCAUCAAGUGGCUGGCUGAUAUUCAUUAUCCAAAAUAAAGGUGAGGAAGAUCUUCUGACGAAACUUAUGGAGAUUUUUGAGAGCAAGGAAAUAAAAGGCGAGAGGAGUCUUCAAGAGUGCCUGUGUGACCUGCUCAUUCAAUCAAAUGGAGAAAGGGGAGAAAUUAUCCCUCAAGCGAUGCUCGUCUCCACUUUGCCGCACUCGCUGCAUUUCCCGCAGAAUUUCAUCAAACCUGACUUCAAAAUGAAUGAUUCUAGAUGGAUGCAUUUUGGAAAAAUAAUUGAAGAAGCAGUGGAUGUGGAAAAUAAUCGCAUUUGGCUUUUGUCGUCCCUUCCCGCCUCAGGAAAGACGACCGUGAUGAGCGAAAUCGCUCUUGAACUUCGAAGGAGACUUUGCGGAGUCAAGGUUUUCAACAUCAGCCUUUUGCAAGACGUCAGAGGUCUUCUUUCAAAUAAAAAAGUUGCUCCCUCCUUGGUCACUGUGAUUUCAUCAGCGACUCGAGUUGACGAGGAAGAAAUUGAAAUUUUAAUCAAGGAGAAAAGAAUCGUCUUGAUGUUUGACGGAUUUGACGAGAUUUGCCCGUUUCGAAGGGAUGCGGUGCUGAAUUUGCUGCAAAAAGCGGUUGAUAGAGAAAUUCCGAUUUGGAUUUCGACGCGUCCGCAAGAAGAAUAUGCGAUUAGGAAGAAACUUGGCAGUCGAAAGAAAAUCUGCACAGCCACAAUUUUGCCUCUUGAAGAAAAACAACAAAUUGAACUUUUGAAGAUAUUUUCAAAACAGGAUGUCAAAAAAUGCGAAAGUUUGAUAGAAAAUUUUGAACGCAACGGAUGUGGCGAUAUCCUGAGCAAUCCUCUUCAUUUGAAAAUGAUGGCUCAAAUAGAAGACUCAUUUUCUGGAAAAGAUUCACAAAACUUGUUUAACAUUUACGAGAAAAUUGUCCAAAAGAAAAUGCGUGAAGCGCUUGCUGUAUAUUACACUGAGGGGAAUAUGAUGUACGAGGAAGCACUUGAAAAUUGUGAGAAAGAACUGCAACUUAUUUCACUUUCAUAUCUUAAUGACGAGAGUGUCAAGGACUUAAAAUACCCCCGAAAUGGAAUCAUGACUCUGAUUGAUGGAAACAUCGUUUUCGUGCACCAAACGUUCGCCGAGUUUCUUGCAGCUCAAAAUUACAUUGAAUGCCUGAAGGAAAAAAAAUGUAAAAAUGAUGAAAUUCCCUUCGAUUUAUUGGAACGGCAAUACCGACAAGUAAGAAAAUUUGUGGAAAUGAAAAUUUUUGAGCAAGAUGAAGAAACUCCAAUUUUGAGGUCAUCUCUGGAAUUAGUUUUGAGUGAAAACCUUACGAACAAAAUUAUUAUUGAAAUUAUCAUCGGCGAAAAUCUGCCGACUAUGUUUUCGCUUUUUGAAAACCAAAUUUGCUUCAGCAAGAACGGCAGCAAGGCCAAAUUUUAUUUUGAAGAUGGUUAUCAAAUUUUAAAAGAAGCGAGUUCGAAGAGCGAAGAAAUUGCUUUGAAACUUUUGAAUCUUAGCACAUUUGAAAGCUUGGAAUUUUCAAAAAUCAAUGAAAUCACAAAAAUACUUUGCGGUGCAGUUAAGAACAAUUUCUUGAAACUCUUUGCAGCGCUCGUAGAAAAGUGUUCCACUCACGGUUUAAUCGAAAAUUGCCGGGCGAAUGAUAAAGAAAUGUUUAGUGCUGUUUGCAAUGCAUCUUCCAAGAAUCACCACGAGAUGCUUAAAUUGGUGAUUGAAAGAGGACUAAUUGACAUGCACGGCGAAGUUGGAAGCGAAGCACUUAAAACUGCGGUAUUCAACAACAGCGUCGGGUGCGUUGAACUUCUCAUUCAGCACGGCGUUCCUACUGGCUGUUUGUAUAUUGAUAUUGAUGGUUUGCAUCCAAAAUGUUUCAGUGCAGAGAAUCAUUUUGAUUUAUUUUACAACUUCGGUGAUUGUCCUUUUGGAUUGAAAUUAGAUACGGCGAGGGCACUUCUUAGGACGAAAAGCGAAAAGCCCGAAAAACUCGCAAUUAGACUGUUUAAUUAUGCUAUUAAAAUAAGAAAUGUUGAAGUGGCAAAGUUUUUGCAGCAACUAUACAGAGGGAUUGAGAGGAUAGUUUUUUACCAAGGCAAGACUGCCCUUCAUGUGGCGGCAGAGAUACGACAAGAGGAAAAACACUCGGCCGCGUUGGAAAUGUGUCGGUGGCUGGUGGAAGAAUUUGACCUGAAAAUCGGGGACAAGAAUGAUGAUGGAUGGAACGCUUUACAUAACGCAAUCAGAAGUGGAAAUUUGGAAUUGGCGAAGUACUUCCUGGAAAAGGAUCCUGCGCUCAUCAAAUCUGUUGAUGAUUCUAAAGGCCACAACCUCCUUCAAUUUGCAUGUGAUUGGAGGGGAGGAAAAAAAAUUGUCGAAUACAUUCACAGUCGAGACGGCGAUUUGAUUAAGCAAAAAACGAAGGAAGGCAAAACAGCGCUUCAUUUGGCGGCAGAGAAGGAAAAUCUCGAUUCGUGCGUUUGGCUCGUGGAAAAUAAGGUUGAUUUGGGCGCCGUGGACUACGAGGGGUGGAAUGCAGCCCACUAUGGUUCUAAAAAUUAUAGCGGGAAAGGAGAAAAAAUACUUAUGUAUCUGCACAAGAAAAAGCCUGAACUGAUCAAGCAAAAAACGAUUUUAGGAGAAACGGUGCUUCAUAUCGCGUGCAAAAAUAGGUUGAAUGAGGAAACAAUCGAAUGGCUGAUGGCACAGGGAUUUCACCCACACUACGUGAACGAAAAAGGGUGGAACGCUCUUCACUUUGCAGCGAGUGGAGGGAAAAUUGAAAAGAUGAAGUUCAUUCACGAGAAAUGUCCAAAUCUAAUUGAAUCUUUGACGAACGACGGCGAGAACGCGAUGCACUUGAUGGCAAAAAGUAAUUGUGAUGAAGAUGAAUUGAAACAACUGCACUCACUUUGUGGAAAACUGGCCAAGCAGAAAACGAACACAAAUAAAACGGUGCUUCACUACGCAGCGCAAAGUGAUCGUUUUUCCAAAGAAAAGUUUCAAUGGUUGGUUGAGGAAAUUGGGUUGCAGAUUGAAUCUGAGGACAACGACGGCUGGACUGUUGUGCAUUUCACUGCAAAUAAUUAUUUUGUAUUUCAAUCACUAGAAAUACUAGAAUACAUUAAAACUAACAAUUCCAGACUAAUUAAGAAAAGGACAAGGAGAAACGAAACCGCACUGCACAUCGCGGCCAUGGAACCAAAUUAUCGAGCAAUCAAGUGGCUUUUAAAAAACGGGGUUGAUCCUGACGAGAAAAACGUGGAUGGCAAAACCGCCUUGCAAGUUGCUCAGCCAAAAUAUUGUGAAGGUUUGAAGCAAAUAUUUAGCGAAAAUUGCCCACCGCACCCUAUUGGCCAGUUAAGCCACAAUUAAAAGCUUUGCAGCGUUUUCCGACAUUUUAAACAGAAAUCUUGAAUCAAGCUAUUUAUUCUUAAUAAGUGCACUUUUCAGAAUCCAAUUGUAAAUUCUUUUUUUAAACCGUUAUUCAUACAAGUUACUACUUAAAAAAUAAAAAUAAAUUAAAUAAAUGAAAAAAUA